CGCGGGGGCGGUGAGUUGAAGGUAGCUGGUCAUUGGCAGCCGGCGCUCCCGAAACAGCAGCGGACAUCUGCCUAUAAUAUCCCCCGCAGUCCGUCCGGGCAGGGAGGAGUUAAGGCCGGCGGGGCGGGGGAGCCAGCUAGGCAAUCGGCAAGAGCCGCGCCUGCGCAGGGGGCCGGGCUUUGGCCGCUGUCUGGCUCGUGAAGUUGUCCAGGGGCCGGGAAGAAGUUGGCGGCGCUGGGCGGAGGCAGCGGGCGGUGGGGCCGGGCUGCUUGCUCGGGUCCCUGCCGGCCAUGGCGUUCCGCAGGCGGGCCAAAAGCCACCCGCUCUUCAGCCAGGAGUUCCUCAUCCACAACCACGCCGACAUCGGCUUCUGCCUGGUUCUCUGCGUGCUCGUCGCGCUCAUGUUCGAGGUAACAGCCAAGACUGCCUUCUUGUUUAUUUUACCUCAGUAUAAUAUUAGCGAGCCUACAGCAGAUGGUGAAACCGUUCAUUAUCACUAUGGGCUGAAGGAUUUGGUCACAAUCCUCUUCUAUAUCUUAAUAGCAAUAAUUCUGCAUGCUGUGGUGCAGGAAUACGCCUUGGAUAAAAUCAACCGACGGCUCCACCUUUCCAAGAUCAAGCACAGCAAGUUCAAUGAGUCUGGACAGUUGGUAGCAUUUCAUCUCAGCUCCGUGGUUUGGUGCUUAUAUGUCGGAGUAACGGAAGGAUACUUUUCAAACCCCAAGAGUCUGUGGGAGAACUACCCUCACGUUCAUCUCCCGUUCCAAGUCAAGUUUUUCUACCUUUGCCAGCUGGCCUACUGGCUGCAUGCACUGCCUGAACUGUAUUUCCAGAAGGUGCGAAAGGAAGAGAUCCCUCGUCAUCUGCAGUAUAUCAGCCUCUACCUGGCACAUAUAGCUGGAGCAUAUCUCCUAAACCUCACACGCCUGGGAGUAAUCUUGUUGUUGCUGCAGUACACGGCUGAAUUUUUCUUCCACUUGGCUCGCCUUUUCUACUUCACGGCUGAAAACAACGAAAAGCUGUUUAAUGUAUGGGCAGUGGUGUUCGUCACCUCCCGGCUCUUCACCCUCACCCUUUCCGUGCUGGUCAUUGGCUUUGGGCUGGCUCGGGUGGAGAAUCAGGCGUUUGACCCUGAAAAAGGAAACUUCAACACUUUGCUUUGCAGGAUGUGUGUGCUGCUUCUGGUGUGCUUCUCACAGGCCUGGAUGAUGUGGCGCUUCAUCCACUUCCAGCUCCGGCACUGGCGGGAGUACUGGAACGAGCAGAGCGCUAGAAAAAGAGCUGCAGUCGCUAUCCAUAGCAAACAGCAAUCCAAGACGGUCAAAAGGGAGUCAGGCUACCAUGAAAAUGGAGUGGUAAAAGCAGAAAAUGGUACCUCGCCACGGACCAAGAAACUCAAGUCUCCAUAGCGCCAAAGCACAACCUGCAAGGAUGUUGGAGGAGGAGGAGGAGGAGAAUGAAAGGAUGGGGACUCUGGGACUCGGCAGCAGCAACCUCCUCUUGUCCUCUCAAGCUCCACCUCCGAUGGCUUGAACACACAUCAUGAAAAGAUCUCUGCCUCCAAACAGUUUGCAGUAACAACCAAAAAGCCCCUUUCCCUUUACAGUGGGGCUUAGGAACACCAAACACUUUCCCCAUUUGCAAUGUAUUGCCUUCUUUUCCCUUUCCCCUUAUUUUUCAACGUGUUCUUGCUCAUUCUUGUCCCUAGAAACAUCUUAUAAGUCAGUUUUCCACCAAAAUCUAUUCCCUUAAACACUUCUUCCUCUCCACUCUCAUUGCAUCCAGUGAUGCUUUGACUUGGAGAGAUGGCAGCUUUAGGACAUGUGUGGUGUUGCCAUGGGAAUAGAACUUUUGAGUGGUUUCUGGAUCUUUGACCUCACCCCCCCCCGCCCAACCCCUUAAGAUGUUGCACUCUUGCAGUUUGUGGGGGAUGCAGUUUCGGUCAUAGUUGUGGAGUGAAUGUUAUGGGUGUCCCCCCCCCUAGAUUUCAUAAUGCAUCCAGUAAGCUUGGUGAAAUGUUUGGGAUGUGUCAGGCCUUCACAAACAUGAUGGAGACAUGAACAUGGAGCUGUGCUAAGACAAUUCUCAGCAGUUGCCAUUUUAGCUCCAGUUGCAUUCUGGAGAGUUGGACAGAAGCAAACAUCUUUCCCACCCUUUGUCCUAGCACGAAAUAGAAAUCAUUCUUAUCUUAGCAGGAACUGAAUUCUCUCAUAAUGCCAGCAAAGAAACCUGCUGGCCUAGCUUGUAUGUGACAUGCUUUCCAUCUCUUUCCAACUUACAGUGCCUUAAUGAAGGAAAAGCUUUGCCAUUCUCACUCAAAUGGCAGCAUAGGGUUUGCUUGUAAGGUAUAGCCUGCAUCUUCCUUGCUUAGCAAGCAAACAGUUCUUAUACCUUGAUAGAAUAUAUAUAAAACAGGUUUCCUUCAUGUAAGUUCUGGUGUAAUCUUCAUGUCUGAGUCCAUCAUGUUUGUGCUCAUGCUCCAUCCAUCCAAAUAUAGGAGAAUGAUAUUGUUGCUCUUUGACUCUUUCCUCCCCUUCUUGUCAACCAUUCACUCACCAGUAUUGUCCAGUGGGAAUUGAACCCAUUUCUGCUCUGGCCACUUGUGGCUCCUGAAAAUGCUGUGCUCCCUGCCCCCGCCGCCCCGGUACCUAAGGCCAUAUAGGUUGCUUCCGCCUAGAAUGCUGGGCAAUCCGGUUCCUAACUCCUUAAUACAUGGAUGAGUUAUGAAGGGGAGGAAUUGAAGCUGCCUAUUAAUGGGGGAAUUGUUUUCCACAGAGUCUGUUACUUUCUUGUAGAGCUGGUGGAUGGAAUCAAGUCAAUCUACCUCACCCUUUCCUAGCUGCUGCCUUUCCUUUUUGUUUUUGAAGGAAAUCUAGCAGUGUCAGAGUAUUUUGGGAGAGCAAAGAAGGGAAUUGGUCUUUCACGCAAGAAUGUUUUGGUUCUUGGUUCUACUGUGUGCUGUUUUCCAGAAAUGGUAUAUCCUGCCCUCCUUAGUGCAGUCCACAUUGCCACAUUCAGCCACACAGUUCUGAGUCCUGAUACUGCUUUAAGCCGCAGUGCAGCUGGAUUGCCUUAUGAAUGUUCUCAACAUUUGGAGACCCUCUGGAUUGUAGUUCAUCACUUAAUACAAAGAAGGGAUAUUGAGGCUUCCAUUUUCCUUGGUCAUAGCUGAGGCUCCUCUAUGGCAUCCUCUCCUGCAUUCUUGAUCACAGCAGCAUUUCCUUCUGAUGGAUGUAGAUGAGGAAGUGUGUGACUUUCAUCAAGAAGUAGGCAUCGGCUAGGAAAUGGCAGCAGUGUUCAGCAGUCCUUCAGGAUGGGUGGGAUGGAUGUGCCUCUGCUGAAAGCUCAGACUGAGACUGGUGCAUGUCACUCAGGACAGCAGAUGCCUAGUUUCUUCUCACUUGUAUCACUUUACAAAGUUGGACUCUUAAAAGUGAAUGGUGCCGAUUUCAAUUUCACCUUGUACUUUUGUAUGGUUUUGUCCUCUUGAUCCCAUGGGUUCCCUCAGUUGGGUCCACACAACUUGGGAUCCACCAAGCCAAAUACUGUGUAUCAGCCGUGUGUCUCAUCCCACCAGGGUUUUAAUAUAUUUCUGAUUUCCCUGCUGGGGCAAUAAAUCCAAGGGAUUGCUAGGCUCUGACAGGCCACUAUGCAUGGCUGAUGGCUUGUGUUCUAGCUUGGCCAAACACAUGCCUGUGUUUUAGCUUGGCAGCAGGUGGUGUGGGCCUAUCCUCAAUCAGUGUUGUUUGGUAAAAGGCGGUGAACAAGAUUCCCUAGCAGCUUAUAAGGAUAGCUGGGUUUAGUCUGUUGCAGCAAAAAUAGCAGAGCAUCUUGUAGCACCUUAAAGACUAACAGGUUUAUUGUGGCUCCAUUGUUGGUAGCCUAGGGUCUUGCAGCAUUUGAACUCCUUAUAGUAUUGGAACUGCUGUAGCAUCCUGUAGAUUUUCUCCUCCUCAUUCUUUUACUAUACUUCCUAGUGCUGGCUAGCAACAUGUAAAGCAGGUAACUACUGGAGAGCUUCCCCGGAGCUGGCCAUUUCCUUUCCCUCCAAAAACUUGGAAUGUCCUGAUGAGGGAUUUUUCUGAGCCAAAGCCAAACUUCUCACAUUGUGCCUGUCGCUCCUGGGCUCCCGUUGAGCCUGAAGUAUACCUCAUCCUUGUGGUUUUUAUAUAGGAGUGAAGGACGAAAGUGGGUAGAUGCUGGUGCUAUGUAGGUCAGGUUGGGUGGGCUAAGCCAGCAGGAUCUCUGUUGGUUCAGCCUAAUGGAAACCAGACCUGCCUUCAUUCUGCCCACCUACUUCCUGCAAAUGAUUGGCCCCUGUUCCAAACCAAGGGCCCGUAGUUCAAAGCUGGGGCCUCCCCAUGUUUCAUUAGACCCUAACCUGCUGUGGUUCAACGACCUUUGCCAAAUGGGACUUCCCUGGUUUUGCAGCAACCUAGGUCUGUCUUUUGUCUUCCAAAGCAACUUGGAGAAGCUGCAGAAAACAGGCUUCAGCCUGCCCAACUUGUCCAACUUCUUUUUUUUCCCCUUCCCCUGCACAAAGUUGUCAAUAUACAAUGUAGUGCAUUGCAGUUCAUACAAGUGCCUUACAUUGCCACGUAGCCUUUCAUACCUUUUUGUCUUUUGUAUGCGUAUCUGUCUAUAUAUACUUUUUGGUGCAUUUCACAUAUGUACGCUAGUUUAGCUAUUCAUAAAAGGGACAGCAUUUGAACAUUUUGCCUCAUUUUUCUAUGCCUUUUUUGACUGUAGGUAGGUAUUCCUUGGCGAAUAUAAAAUCCUUCUGCCGCUUCACUGGAGCAGUUGUGGACACACACAUCUCUGUGGUAUUGCUGCAAUAUGUAUUCCAAUAAACAGGUGUGCUUGCUUCCAUUACCUGCCUUGAAUUCCAGGUAGCUUGCAUUCGUUCGAAAGCACUUUUUGCAAAUAAAGCUACAAGGAGUCUCAUUCCUGUUGUGGUGGUAUCUGUGGGCAGAACUGCAGUUAAAUGAAGUUCUGAGACUCAUGGGUUGGGGGUGGGGCGUGGUUCCACGAUGCAGCAAGGAAGCUUCAAUUGGAAGAAGGGGGAUGUAAGAAGCGGGAUUUUUAACCCUCUUUCUCCCCUGCAGCACUUCUGCUGAUCACUGGUUCCUCCUUCUGCUGCUUUUACCCUUGCAAGGGAAAAAUACAGGUACUUGUUUCUUUUCCUUGGUAGGAGUAAAAGCAAUUAGAGGGGAAGUAUUAAGGAGCUCUUCUGCUCUGCUCCUAACGUUCUGCUUUAAAUUGCAGCCUCACCAGCUGCAUUUUGUAUGUGUUUAAAAAUUUCCACACACUAAAAUAGAACUACACAUAAUAUGUAGUAGUUAGACAUAGUAUUGUACACAUAAUGUGUAGUAACUAUGUAGUAGAACUACAUAAUGUGUAGUUCUCUCUUGGGAAUUCAUAAGUGCAUGUGUACACACGCAGACUUACUCCCACAAAAUGGGGAGAGUGCCCAUAUCAAUACUGCCACAUUUGACUCUGUUUCUAAUUCAGGGUUACAUCACCUCUGUCUUCCAGGUUGACCAACAGAAAGCUUACCUAGAAUUGUAGUUGAUAUCUAGAUCGUUACAAAAACCUGGGGAGAGGAGAGCUGGUCUUGUGGUAGCAAGCAUGACUUGUCCCCUUUAGCUAAGCAGGGUCUGCCCUAGUUGCAUAUGAACAUGAGACUAGAAGUGUGAGCACUGCACUGUAAGAUAUUCCCCUCAGGGGAUGCAGCCUCUCUGGGAAGAGCAGAAGGUUUCAAGUUCCCUCCCUGGCUUCUCCGAGAUAGGGCUGAGAGAGAUUCCUGCCUACAACCUUGAAGAAGCCACUGCCAGUCUGUGUAGACAAUACUGAACUAGAUGGACCUAUGGUCUGAUUCGGUAUAUGGCAGGUUCCUAUACUCCUAUGAAAUAGGGCUCAUGACUCUGAUGUAUCAAGUUGCUGUGAUUUUUGAUUUUUUAUUUGGUGGGGGAAGUGUUCCUUAUCUUCCUGCCUCACCUAUUCUAGAUUGAGAGGUCUUUUCCUGCCUGUCUUGUCCUAGGUGGAUCAGAAGAUAUGUAGCAUUAUUUUGCAGAUCUAGCUAUAAACUUUCCAAAGCUCAGUAAAUAGAUACCUUUGCACAGGAGGGCAUUAAAAUUUGUAUUCUUGAAAAUAGUUUAGUGUUGGUUUUUUUAAAAAAAAAUCUGAGGAAACUAUAAUUCCUUUUAAGCUUCCUGCCCACACAGCCCUUAUGUGUUUAGUGGCUGUUUUUAGAAAAGUCAAUGGAUACUAUAUAAUACUAAUCACAGAAGUUGUAAAUAACCUACUUUCAGUCUGGAUAGAAUUAGGGCUUUAUUCUAUUUCCGAUGCUACAGAUGAAAACCAGGUACCCCAGAUACUUGAUCUUGUGUCUUCCUGAAGAAUGGCCUUCAUUAUCCUGAGUGCACAGCUGGAUCAGGAUUGUUACCAAGGGCUUUGUAAAUGUAGUCUUUAUAUGAAACCUAUAUAUUCUUAUCACUGUACUUUAAGUGAAUCCUUUGCACAGGCAGGGUACAACAGAAGAUGCUGGAUGUGUGCAUGUCUGGGGCUUCCCCCCAUUAAUUUCUAAUUAUCAUGGACCAAAUUUCAGUCACAAACCUGAGAUAAAAUGCCUGGUCUUCCAUAUUUAAUUUUAAACUUCAUGUUUCUGGGGAAAGAUUUUCAGGAUUUCCUUCUCAAUAGUUGUUUGUUCCCUGUCAUGAAAAUACAAAUUUUGUAUGGAUUUUUAUAAACAGAUCUGUGAUGCAAAUAUUUUCUGAAAUAAAAAGGCAUAGAAUGAUCAAAAGUG